GCCUUUUUCAAUGCGUUUAAAUCCUAUGAGAAAAACGUGUUUUUGCUUUCAGUUUGUGUUUACAUCUGUUGUGCACUCAUGUCUUCAGCGAUUAUCACCACCGACUGAACCCAUUGUCUAACCGUUGACACAGUUUACCAGUCGAGACAAUGUCGGCGAAGAUCUUGAAGCGGAUUAACGCCCAGAAGGACGAGGAGUUUGUGUCCGCCGGUGAGGACAUCGAUGACAACGCAUCCGCCGAUGGAUCCGAUGACGACGUAAACCACUCGCAGCUGUUGACAGACAUCGCACGACUUGAUCCCAAGACCCAGAAGGCGCUCAAAUGGAAAGCCACGCGAUUUGAGCCUAAAUCCGAUGUCAAUGAAUAUAAUCUCUCGAAAAGCGAUAAUCAGCUGUCGAUCGACGAUCUGCUGAAGAAUGUCAGGGAAACCACUGUAUCGGUGAAGAAGUUGAAGCACUGGUCAAAGAAGCGACUUCUGGACGAACCGCUCGAGAAGAUAGUGUCCGACAAAAUCAAACGCGCCGUCAAUUACGAGGUGACCGCCAAAGAGCUCCGCAAAUGGGAUCAAGUGGUGGCCGCCAAUCGGACGGCCCCACAGCUCCAGUUCCCACUCAAACAGGAGGCGCUAAGUCUGGAGCCCUCGCGAGCAGUGGUGAAACACUUCCGGCCGAAGACUAAACUCGAGCUACAAGUGGCGGAACUGCUGAACAAAUCCGAGAACAACUUAACCGAUGAUAAGCCGUUGACUGUGGCCGAGGAGAAGAUCAUGAAAGCCAUGAGUCUCGAGGAGGCGAAGGCCCGCCACAAAGAGCUCCAGAAAAUGCGAGCCCUUCUCAGCUACGAAGAGGUGCGACUCAAACGCCAAUCAAAGAUCAAGAGUAAGAGGUAUCACCGGAUCCUCAAGAGGGAGAGGCUUAAGAAGUCGGUCGAGGAGUUCGAGGCGACCAAGAAGUCCGACCCCAUGGCGGCCGUCGAGAAGCUCCAGGAGUUGGACAAACUCCGGGCGCUCGAGAGAGCAAGUCUUAAGCAUAAAAACACGGGAAAGUGGGCCAAACACCUGAAGCUGAGGUCACAGUAUGAUGACAGCGCUCGGGAGGCGCUCACAGAACAGCUCCAGAUUAGCAACAAAUUGACGCAAAGGAGGGUUCGCUUCGAAGGUGAUGACGACCAAGAAGUCGAUGCCAGUGAUGGCGAUGACAGCGAUUCUGGCGAUGAUAAUGAAGUGGCGACUCAUAAAGACAAUGAGUUCCGGGAAUUGCCCGAAGAUUAUAAUCCAUGGAUGAGAAGCGGUCGAGAGAGUCGACCAAACGCUGAGAUAAUACCGGAGGUCGAGGAAGAAGCGGAUGAGCCAAUCAACGUCGAGACCGCGGGUCCAGCGCCCACUGCUGCCGAAGAGGUGGAAGCGUUGAGUAGUCGCCCGACGACUCGGAAGCGAGCGCUGGAUGUGAUGACUGAUGAGGACGUCAAAGAGGUGGCGGCGCCGCAAAGGGAGGCCGAGAUUGAUCCGAACGACUUCAUUGUGGUUAAGGCGCACAGAAUGAAGACCUCAUUGCCCGAUAUGGUGACAGACAUGGACUCCGAUGGCGAGAGUGUCGAUGAAUCGGAUGGUGUCUCAGACGACGAGCAGAAGCGUCUGGUGUCGGAGGCGUUCGCCGACGACGACGUGAUCUCCGACUUUAAAAAAGCCAAAAAAGAGCGCAUCGAGAAUGAGUCGGAACGGGAUGUGAACCUCCAUCUGCCCGGUUGGGGACAGUGGGGUGGGAACGGCCUGCGAGUGUCGAAACGCCGGGUCAAGAGGUUUACGGUGAAAGCGAAGCGAAGGCCCCGAAAGGACAAUACGAUUGGAAACGUGAUUAUCUCCGAGACGAGGGACGCCGUGAUCGGGAAGUAUCGCGUGAAUCAACUGCCGUUCCCUUUCAAGAAUGUCGAGGAGUUCGAGAAUAGCAUUCGGCAGCCGUUGGGCCGCACCUGGAAUCCGGAGACGGCGUUCAAAGAGCUAACGGCGCCCUCAGUGGUGACCAAAAUGGGCGCUAUUAUCGAUCCCAUGGACAGCGAGGCGUUAGUGAAGUCUAACCCCAAGAGACGUGUGUUUAGGAAACGCGACAAAAAGAAAAAUCGCAACAAUUUAGAGAAAAAAUCGCAAAAAUAGUUGUUUUUUAUACACAAAUAAAUAAAUAAAUUAUAUUUUUUUCGCCAAA